AUGACGUUGGAUGGGUGGACGGCAGUUGGCAUCCCCUCAUCAACCCAUCCUGAUGAUGACAGUGCCAAUGCUGCCAUCCCGUCUCGGGCCUUGUUCAUCCUGCCUCCGUCGUCUGAGUCUCAGAUCAUCCACCGAAUCCCUCUCCUGGAGCUUGCAGCUGUCGACAUUCAAUCAGAUGCCAAAGGAAGCCUCGAUGAGUUGGUGUGGCAGCUCUUCAGUUCCCGUGUCUCGCGUCCCCUCACAAAAGUACACCCCCGUGCCUCAUUGCCUAUCCGAGAAAGGGAUCGAAUCGGGGAAAAGAAAAAGGGCAAGACAGGCAAGACAGGCUUGCUCAAGGGCCUCUGGGGCUCAAACAAGCGGUCCAGUUCUGUUUGA